AUCUCACUGCUAUAACCUGCUAUCCAAUAGGCCAAUAACAGUCAGCUACAAUGGAUAACAGUUCUGAAACUUUGAGGAAUAAAUGCGCAGCUUGCUAUAAACAAUACAACAAGAAGGAACACUUGGUGGAGCACAUGAGGGUCUCAUUCCACUCAGUCCAUGAACCGAAGUGUGGUGUUUGUCAGAAACACUGCAGAUCAUUUGAAUCACUAAGGGAACAUCUAAUAGGUCCAUUGCCAAAACUAGAGUGCUCGAAGGUAUUCAGUGCUCGAGGGUGCAACUUGUGUUUGAAAAUUUUUGAUAGCCAGACUGCUCUAAGAUAUCAUCGGGGAUAUUGCCAAGUGUCCCGUCCUACUUCUGGUCUCACGAGUCGCAUGUCAAGGUUGGGCUUGCAAAGCUCAUUGGAUUUUGAUGCCAGAGCUCAAGGAGCCAAAGUAGUCGCACUGGGGUGCAAAAUGGUUGGAGGAGGAAGUGAUGGGACACUAGAUAUCUGCGCUAGGGUUUGCCUCAUCGAUGAAGCGGAAAACAUCAUCUUCCAUACUUACAUCAAACCACAGAUAGCAGUCACAAACUAUAGGUAUGAAACAACCGGAAUAAGAUCCGAACACUUAAGGGAUGCAAUGCAAUUGAACCAAGCUCAAAGGAAGAUUCAAGAUUACUUAUGCAACGGAGAAGCGAUAUGGAAGAUCCGAUCAAGGGGAGGAAAGGCGAGGAUUCUGGUGGGACAUGGAUUAGAUCACGACCUUCAACGUCUUGGAAUCGAAUACCCUUCAUUACUUAUCAGGGACACUGCCAAAUACCCCCCAUUAAUGAAGACAAGCAAACUUAGCAACUCACUUAAGUAUCUAACACAGGCCUAUCUUGGAUAUGAGAUUCAGAAUGGAAUACAAGAUCCAUACGACGACUGUGUGGCUGCCAUGAGGCUUUAUGUCAGAAUGCGGUCAUUGGCUCAUCCGCGUGAUUUCACCUCGGGGUCAGGUGAAGCUCAAAUUCGGAAUAACUUUCCAUCAUGGAGGCAGAGGGAGCUUGAGAGCAUGAGUCCAGAGGCUAUGCUGAAGAUUUCUGGAUCAGAUUACUACUGUUGGUGCUUGGACUCUUAGAUAAACUACGGAUAAAGUGGCCCAUAUAAUCAAUAUAAUAAGAGCAGCAGAGGCAUGUGGUUAUAUUCUGAUAGUUAAUGCAGCGUUACAGUGGUGGUAUAUUGUAUGUUGUGUGGCUUGAUUGUGUAGUUUAAUUUGCGUUAAAUGUUUUCAUGCUUAUGAAUAAAAGUUAUUAUGGAU